AUGGCUACCGAAGACAAGCGCGCACUCGACAGAGCAUGGAUUAUAGAACGAGCCGAUGAAGUUCGUCGAACUGGAUCGACUCUUAUUGAAAAUGUUAUUCCAGUCGAGAAAAUUGAUGAACUCAAUCGAGUUUUUCAACCUCUUCUAGCGGAAACUGAACGCGCCGAAAAUGGCGCAGGAAACCGUGGGCCAAGUCGUUAUUAUGUUACUCCACCCUUUCGAGCUCCAUGGACUGAUAUAUCAAUUAUUGAUAAUGAUAUAAUUAUGGCAAUUGUUUCUGAAUUAGUUGGUGCAGAUGGAGUAUUUUGUCAAUUAGCCACCGAUACUCCAUGUCUUGGUUCUGAAUAUCAAGAUUUACAUCGUGAUACUCAAUCACUUUUUCCAGAAUGGGAACAAGAAACACCACCCUAUCAACUGGCUGUGAAUUUUCCUCUUGUUGAUUGCCAUUCAGAAAAUGGACCACUAGAAAUGGCACCAUCAACGCAUUUAUUAGGUAAAGAUGAUGCUCUUCGUCGCAUUCAAUCAGGCGAAAUAUGUUUGGAACAAGUGCUAAUGAAGCGAGGUGAUAUUCUUAUUCGAGAUGUUCGACAUAUACAUCGAGGAACACCUAACAAAACCGAUGAACCACGUCCUAUGGUCGUUCUUGGAUAUAGUCGACGAUGGUUAUUUCGACCAGAAGUUCAAAUACGUGUUGCACAAGAAAUAUUAGAACAAGUGCCACUUCGAACACGCAAAUGGUUACGAUUCAAUCCUGUAUUUAAUACUCUCGAAGAAGCAGAAAAAAAGGAAGAACUCUAUCGUUCAUUCGCUUAUUAA